AUGGCCCCUUCAGCGAUUAGCGACCUUCUUCCCUCUGUCCCUGUCGCAUCCAAGUCCGCCAACCCCCAGGAUGCGGAAAAACACGUCCAUGGCAUGGAAGACAAGAGUCCACUGGCUGCCAUCUCCCAUGGCGACGUGAUGCUGCCCGGUAUCCCAAAGUUCGGCAAUGACUUUGCCGCCCAACGCCAAUGGCAGCUGGAACACAUGGCCGCUGCGUUCCGCCAUUGGGCAAGGGAGGGCUUCGUCGAGGGUAUCUCUGGGCACAUCAGCGUGCGGGACCCGGAGAGCCAUGAAGUGUUCUGGACAAAUCCUCUGGGCGUCCACUUCGGACUUUUGAAAGCCUCGGAUAUGAUUGCCGUGAACCUGGAUGGUAAGGUCGUGGGCGGCAAUCGCACGCGGCCACCCAAUGCUGCCGGAUUCCUCAUUCACAGCGAAGUCCACAAAGCCCGCCCCGAUGUCACGGCAAUCUGCCACGCGCACACCGUCUACGGCAAAGCAUGGUCCGUCUUCGGCCGACCGCUCGAAAUGCUCACCCAGGACGCGUGCAAAUUCUACAAGGCCCACAGCGUCUACAACUCGUACGGCGGCGUCGUGCUCGCGUCCGAGGAAGGCGCGCAGAUCGCCCAGGCCCUCGGCCCCACGAACAAAGCGUGCAUACUGCGGAACCACGGCCUCCUGACCGUGGGGAAGACGGUCGAUGAGGCGGCUUUUCUGUUCACGAGCAUGGAGCAUGCGUGCCAGGGGCAGUUGCUUGCUGAGGCGGCCGCGCAGGGUGGCGGUUUGAAGAAGGUGCUGAUCAGCGAGGAGGAAGCCGCGUAUACGAACAAGAUGGAGAGUGAUGAGGAGACGUGUUAUGCUGAGUUUCAGGUUUAUAUUGACUGGGAGGAUCAUCAUAGUAAGGGGGAUUUCAGGAAGUGA